AUGGAGCUUGAAUCUUGCGAGAAGGACGAGUGGAUGUUGUACGGCGAGACGAAUGACCGAAUCGACCGCCAUUUUCAAGUAAACUGGCUGGGCCAAUUUUAUGUCUGUAACCUGCCUUACCCACUGCUGCACAAAACGUCCAAGUUCCCCAACACACCUGCCCCCCGAAUUGUAUUCGAAUCAUCAGAGCAGCAUCGCGCCGCACCGGAAGAAGUUCAUUUUGCUUCACUUGAUGAAAUUAACAACGACAAACUGAGUCCUACUGAGCUUUACGGCCGGUCCAAACUUGCAAUCAUCCUAGGAGUCAAGUACGGUCUCGUAGAGCGCGUUAUUAAACCAAACAAGGAUAACAUUUAUGCGCUCUCUGUACAUCCGGGUGCCGUCAAUACUGCCAUGCAGCAGCAAUGGAAGGAGGCAUACCCGGGUCUGACGGGGAAGCUUAUCACAACAGCUAUGCUUGCGGUGGGGCGUGAUGUUGAACAAGGCUCUUUCAGCGCGUUGUAUGCCGCGUCGAGCCCAGACAUUGAAGUUAAAUAA